CUGACAAUUGACCGACUGUCGUCUUUUCCAAAAAGUUAUACCACAAGAGUUGAAUCCGGCAUUAUUUCUCCAAGGCUUGAGAAUACUUGCGAAGCGGGUCUUUCGAGAUUAUGGCGCUACGAGUUGUGUUAGGUUUGUUAACUAACUAAAAUAUGGAGUAAUUUAGUUAGCUGAUUUGUCAAAUGCCUUUAUCAUUACUACCGCCAGUGUAUCCUCCAAAUUUAAAAAAUCAAACCCACCAACUUGAUAAUGAAUCAACUGAAAGAGUCAGCAGUGCUGCCAGUGAAGCUGCUCUACAUCGGCGGAGGUUAAAUGAAUUACGACAAUCAUUUUUAGGAUUGCCUACUUCAGCAGCAGCAGACGACAAAGAUGACCGCUUUUCACACAGUCAGACUACAGUUUCUACAUGUGUAAAUUUAAAUAUGAAUGAUAGCCAGACAGUGUACACUAAGCCUGUCUGUUGUACUACUUCAAGGUGUGGUGUUCUUAAUCCAACAAGGUUUAAUAGUUACAAACCUUCACUUUCUCAUAGUACACCUGAUAUUGGUCAUUUGUCUUUCAAUAAAUGUGUAAAUAAAAAUCGUAUAAUUAAUCAAAAACAAUCUAUAUUAAGCAUUGAUCCUACUAUUUCAUGCGAUCAAUUGGAUGCAACUGAUCAACUUCCAAGUCCUGAAUACUUUUCUUUUGUUUAUUCAUCAAAUCCUUCUGUAUCUUGUACUGCUGAACACCAUUCCACUGAGUCGUCAUUAUCAGGAACGCUUAUAGCUAAGUCAAAUUUAAUUGUCAAUAAAAGUAACUUGUAUCCUUUAACUCCGGAGACAGUUCAUUUAUCAUCAGAAGAGUGUGCAGAAAGUUCGUCUUCUUCAUCAUCGUCAUCAUCAUCAAAUGCUGAAAGUUUUCAUGAAUAUGUUGUCUCUGAUAAUGAUGAUGCUGAUGGUGAUAAUAUCAACUCACCCAAGUCUAGUAUCAAUAUUAUUAGUAGUUUAACAGAUGUAAAAUGGUUAUCUGAACAAUGUAGAAAGAAUGACAUCUAUCCGCAUCAAUUUCUCACUAAAAAUGUGAAACUUGAUAAUAACUCUUAUAGUAAAAAACACACUCCUAGGCUGUUUCACUCAAAAACUGAUUCCAUCACCACCACCACCACCACCACUCCUUUCCAUGAGACAUUUUCAUCAUCUAAAGAUAGUAAUAUGUCUGACCAGGUUAACAAUUACAGUCAGAUGAAUAACCAAUCAGAUGUUUUGUGUAAACAAAAGAAGAAGAAAAUUUGCUUUAUGUUCACAGAGAAUGAAAUACAAACCUAUAAUUGUCAACAUCAGAAAAAAAAGUGUCCACCUGUUAUGCCAGUCAGUCUUAGCUUUAGCACAACAACAAACUCAUCACACAACAAUGAUGAUGACGAUGAUGAAUCACAGGUUCAUUCACCAACAAAGUCUAUGAUUGGUCGGUGUUUUUCAAUCUCACCCAAUCAUCGAUUGUCAAACUCUCAUAUUAGUUUGAAUAAUAAUACAAAGGUCAUUGUUCCAAUUCCAAUGAAUGCAAAUCAAUUAGAGUGUACAAUGAAUGAUAAUUCUGCAAUGCCUAGAAAUAAAUCUCGGCAUAAUAUUAGUAAUAAUAAUAAUAAUAUCAAUCAUCAUCAAUUCAUUAAUCAUAAUCAUGAUCAUAGAUCACACGAACAUUCUGUGAAAAAGAAAAUAACUUCUGAAACACUUUCCGGUAGUGAUAUACAAGAUAUGUAUUUACAUUCUUACAAAACUGGCAGUAAAAGUCAUAAACAAAGAAACGAAAAGAAUAAGGAUAGAGAAAAGAGAACAAAAAAUGACCAACUGUUUGUUGACUGUGCCCUAGAGCAUCAAGACAACACCUCAGCAAAAUAUGAUUCAACCUCAGAGUUAACUGAUGACUGUGACAAGGUUUUUAGUCAGUCUUCUGCUUAUGAACAACCUUCACUAUGGUAUAAAGAGGUGAAAAACUAUUCACAAAACAAUACUUUACAUGAUAUUUCACAUCAAAGUAAGCAGUUGCUCUCUCAUAUACACUCUUUACGAUGUACAGAUGAAGAAGAUGCUAUGUCCUAUGAAACUAGUCUAUCAUCAUUGCCAUCCUCAGCAUGGUCAUCUCUUUGUCCAGGUGACACCUCAUUGAUCUCUACUGUUUCUCAUAAUCGCUUAAAAGUGCCUCUACCUGGUCUUGUGACUGCAGUUGAUAAUUACUCCACUGAAUAUUCUGUACGUGAGUCAACACCGCGUCACUCAAACAAAAACAAUCGAAACUUUGAAUCACAAAAUUCAAAUUACAGAAGUAGUAAACACCUGAAUAGGCGAUCGAAUUCUGGAUUCAGUAAUGAUAGUAGAAAUACUACAUUAGAGAUAUCUGGAAGUUCAUCUUACCAGUCAUUUUCACCACCAUAUGUCAAUGUAAUUCCACCUGCUCGAUCAUCUGAUUUAUCAUCCGGUUUCCCAUCUUCAGAAAAUUUGUCCGUUAACCGAAAUAUUUGCAAAAUCAGCAAACGAGCAUCACGACCAUCAUCAGACCAUUCUGGAGCUUAUCAACGGAUACGCAGUAUGGAGGCGAGAAGUUUGCAUAAAGAUGCCUUACGACACAAUUCCACAUCUACAACCAACAAAGGAUCAACACGUACAUUUAAUCCAAUUCAACUGUCUAAAGGCUCUUCUGUUGUUAGUCAACGUAUUAUUCUCUCUGAGUCGUCAUCAUCAACCCUAUCUGUAAAUAAUCCAGAUGAUAUUAAUGCUCAUAAUACUCAUAAAAAUCAAUCUGAAAAUUAUUGUAUUGCUCAAUCCGAUAAUCAUACACAAGACUAUGAUUAUCUGCCGCCUAGAAAAGGUCGGAAGAUUUUCACACUGGCUGCAAAAAUAUCUCAUUACCUCGAGAAUGGUAGAGAAGUUGAAGUAAGAAGAUUUUUGAACAAAAUGCUACGUAAACCUGAGACAAGACGUGUUGUGGAUGAAUUAAUUCAGUAUUGUGGAAAUAAUCUUCAACGCCUACUCGAUCCUAAUGUUCAUUCGAUUACACCUCAGAACUUUCAAAACAAUUCAACUUCUUCUUUGUUACACCUUGCGGCUUCACUUUCUGACUUAAGAACAUCCUAUAUGCCAGGUUUCGGUACACUUAGAAAUCGACGUGGUAGUUGUGGUGGUAGUAGUAGUGUACUUUCGAAUCCUUGGAAUUUCACAUCCUACAAUCGAUCAUGGAUUCCUGCUGCAGCACACAACUGGUCUACACUUGAUCAUUCGUAUAAAUUAUCAUCAUUUCAGGGGAAAAGUAUUUCUUCGUUAAAUUCGUCAACAAAUACUAUUCGUCGUUUUAUAAAGUGGCCUUCUGAUGGAUAUAUUGAAAGAAAACCGCCUAUAUUACCUCCUCCACCUCCACCUGUUCCUCCGGUUUUACUUAAAACAACAAUUUUACCAUGCGAUCAAAGAAUUCAUAUUGUAGAUACGCAUGCUCUUGAGGCUACUAAUCGUAUUCAUACAACCUUCUCCGAGCUCAUUUCUGACCUUACAACUGGGAUAAAUAAUGAAGUUGAAGUUGUACGUUCACUCUACAGAUGGACUACAGGCAAAGAUACAAGAUUUGAAGAUUAUGAUCAAGAAGCGCCAUCAGAUUCAUUGAUUGGAAUGCUUAGACAAAUGAAAUAUAAUCAGUUAUCGCGGAAUGAAAUCUUUUAUGAACUCUGUCGCUAUGUUGGAUUGCAUUGCCAGUAUAUAACUGGAUAUUCCAAAGGUGCUGGUUAUCGUCCGGGAAUGUCAAUUAGAGAAAAUCAUCUUUUUCGUAAUACUUGGCUAGCAGUUUACAUUUGUGAUGGUUGGCGUUUUGUAAAUUGUAACUGGGGUGCUCGUUACCUAACAGAAAAUGUAUUAGACAGUCGGUCAACUGGACCACCUGAUUGUGAUGAAUUCUACUUUCUCACUGAUCCAGAACAGCAUGUAUUUGAAAAUCUACCUGAUUUAAAAGUAUGGCAGUUACUUCGGAAACCGUUAAGUAUCAAUCGAUUUUGUCAUUUACCUCUGUUGAAAUCACCAUUUUUCAAUGCUAAUUUAUCCUUAAAGAAAAAUUAUUCCGAUUGCCUUAUCACCAAGAAUGGGCAGGUUAGCAUAAAAAUAAAAAUGUCCAAAUUCGUUGGUAUAUCAUGCAGUCUAGAGAAUUGUGCAGAUCACAGUAUUCUCUUAGGCCUGUGUCUAGUUGAAGUUCUGUUAAGGCCACCAGAAGUUGUACGUAUACAAGCUGCACCUUCACAACCCGGGAAAUACUAUUUAAAUAUUUAUGUAUCACCUGAUUGGCGACGUGAAGAUGUUAGAGAGUUGGCGUGUUCAUUUCAGAUUCAUUGUUCAGAGUAUAAUUACUCACGUCUAGUUGUCACUGGUCGUUUACCAGAGGUUGGUUUUCUUGGUCGUACACCUGCUUCACAAGUCCAUGGUGUAAUAAUGGUGCCAGAAGGGGAUGCUUCAAACGGUCGACCGUAUAUUGUACACAAUGAUCCAAGACCUUUAAAAAUUCCUUUUGCUAUAGCUCCAGGUUUAAAGCUGUGUCACCAGUUGAAAUCAUUUGAUCGACCUGGUAAUCAAAUGGCCGAUUGUGAUAGUUAUGCUCUGCUACAAAUGAAACCUUCACAUCAGUAUAAACUAACCGAUUCAAAGGCAUUCGGAUCACAGGCGAAUGCCUACUAUUGUAUUCGUCUACCUAUACAAGCAUUUUACUAUUUAACUAUAUAUGCAUCGAAUGAAAAUGAUCUACUUAAAGAUCAUUUAGACUGUGUAUAUCGUAUUCUAAUUGAUGCACGUAAUUGUCAUUCCAGUCAGCUGAUACAUGCUUAUCCACGUCAAACAUUUUGGUGGGUUCAAUGCCGGUUAAUUGAACCGAGUCAUCAACACUUAUUCAUUGAUCAAAGCUAUAAAUUUUGUCUAGAUGCACCUCAGUGUGAUUCAGUAGCUGUUGUAAUCAAUGAAUCUGAAUGGCACUUUCUUACGCCUUCCUCCUCUUCAUUCGCAUCAUCAUCAGCAUCAUUAUCAGCCAGUGGUGGUGAUCUUCAUGGUCGUUGGAGUGGAAAGAUAUACACUGGUAAAUGCUUAGGACAAUUAUCAGUAUUUGGACGUAUACCUCAUAUUAAUAAAUUAAAGAAGAAAUGUGAUGAUGCUGACGAUAACGAGUCUAGAACUAUCAAUAAUUCCAUUCAGCGUAAUUAUAAGAAUGGUAACAAUUUUGACCAUAUUACCACCACCACCACCUCCACAACGGCUACUGCAACAACAACUACUACUACUGCUACCGACGAAGUCGAUGGUGAAAAUUCCUACAUUAAACUAUUAGAUUAUGUUCUUAUUCAAAAGGAAUAAUAAUAAUUGCUGAAAUCCCUAUUCUUCUCAAUGAAGAAUUUGUGUCAGUUUAUUUUAAUACCAAUACACGCAUACACACACAAUUAUUGGGGGUUUUCUUUUCGCUCACAAUGUUCGUUCGUGAUCAUGAUGUUUUUAUUUAUUUAUUUAUUUUUUUGAGGAUUUAUUUAUUUACUACUCGAUCAUUUUUACCAGUUGUGCACACUUGUGCGAAUGUGUAUGUCUGUCUGUCUGUGUGUGUGUGUGUCAGAUUGUUUGGAUAUUUUUUUCUAUUUCUUUCUUAUAUGUACUAAAAAUUCUGUGUAUACAACGAAAAUUACUCACAUUUUUGUUUAGCCACCAUUUUCUCUAUACAUUCCUUCCUUCACUACUUAUUUACUACUUAUUUAUUACUAUUACUAUUUUAUUAUUAUUACUACCUGUCGUCAGUGCGUUAGUUGGUUAUCAUGGUGUUACUGUCUAUACGAUUUUCAUUUUUCUCAUUUUUGUGUGUCUCUGUGUGUGUGUAUGUGUGCGUAUAUUCUGAAUGCUUGAUGUGUUCCGAUCAAGGAUUGUGUAGUUAGAUAGGCAUUGUUUGCAUUACUACUACUACUACUACUACUACUACUACUACUACUACUACUACUACUACUACUACUACUAGUAGUAGUAGUAGUAGUAGUAGUGUACAUCGGUGGCACAGUGCGGUUAGAACUCUCGCCGACCAUGCCUCACAUGGUCCGGGGUUCGAUCCCCUGUCACCGAAGCACACCUGAUAUACAUAUAUAUGAUCGGCCUGCGAAAUUUGGGCUACCGAUAUUAUAUACUGAAAAUUCCAUACUUGUGUACCAAAUGUACAGUGUGGAAUCAAGCUGUAAUC